AUGAAUAGCAAAUUUUUAUCAGCGAGAUUAUUUAUGAAAUUGCUUCUACUUACGUGUCUAAUAGCAGUAAUUGUAAAUACAACAGAUGCUCAAGCUAAACGAAGAAUAAGGAGACCGCCAUCUUCCGUCACAAGCUCAAGUGUUAGUAGUACAUUGAAUGCAGAAACAGAAGAUGAAUUAGAAGAAAAAGUUAAUUCUAAGCCGCCACGUGAAGUAAAUGCGAGAGCUUCAUCAAAAAGCAAAAGACGAGGAUCAACGUUAUCUGCUAAGAAACAAGAGGCAGAAGAAAGAUCUGAUCAAACACUCGCUCCUUCAUCGUCUUCCAACCGUUUUCGAUUGCGUAGCAAAACACGAGGAGGAUCUGCCGCUGCAACAACUGCAGUCGGAAGUGCCGUCGCUGCUUCAUCUAAAAAAGCAACAAAAUUAGACUCUGAUGGAUACAAAAUUGUAUGUUAUUACACAAAUUGGUCACAAUACCGUACAAAAAUCGGAAAAUUCUUACCCGAAGAUAUUCCAGCAGAUUUGUGCACACAUGUAAUUUUCGCAUUUGGAUGGUUAAAGAAAGGAAAACUCUCAUCGUUUGAAAGCAAUGACGAUCAAAAAGAUGGAGUUCCGGGAUUUUAUCAACGAAUCGUUGGUCUCAAAAAAACAAAUCCAAAACUUAAAGUACUCUUGGCAAUUGGAGGAUGGUCUUUCGGUACACAAAAAUUCAAAGAUAUGUCGAAGACCCGUUACAGUCGUCAAACUUUCAUAUACUCCGCUAUUCCAUUCCUGCGUAAUCGAGGUUUCGAUGGUUUGGAUAUGGAUUGGGAAUAUCCAAAAGGAACAGAUGACAAGAAAAAUUUUGUCUUACUAUUGAAAGAAUUAAAAGAAGCUUUUGAAGCUGAGGCGCAGGAAAUAAAGAAACCGCGUUUGUUAUUGAGUGCUGCUGUACCUGUAGGUCCUGAUAACAUCAAAGGAGGAUACGAUGUGCCUGCUGUAGCAAGUUAUUUAGAUUUUAUCAAUGUAAUGGCUUACGAUUUCCAUGGAAAAUGGGAACGCGAAACAGGCCACAAUGCACCUUUGUAUGCUCCGAGCAGUGAUUCUGAAUGGCGCAAACAACUGUCCGUCGACAAUGCCGCCAAACUUUGGACUAAGUUAGGAGCUCCGAAAGAGAAAUUAGUUAUUGGUAUGCCAACGUACGGAAGAACAUUCACAUUGUCUGACUUAUCUAAAACAAAACCAAAUUCCCCUGCAAGCGGCGGCGGAAAAGAAGGCGAAUACACAAAAGAAUCAGGAUUUUUAGCAUAUUAUGAAAUUUGCGAAAUGUUACUGAAUGGCGGUAUUUAUGUUUGGGAUGAAGAAAUGAAAGUACCUUAUAUGAUCGAUGGCGAUCAAUGGGUUGGAUUCGAUGACGAACGUUCGAUUAGAAACAAAAUGCAUUGGAUAAAGACAAAUGGUUAUGGGGGUGCUAUGGUUUGGACUGUUGAUAUGGAUGAUUUUAGUGGAAAUGUAUGCGGCGGAAAUGUCAAAUACCCAUUGAUUGGAGCUAUGCGUGAAGAGUUACGAGGUGUGUCGAGAGGAAAAGAUGCGAAAGAUGUUGAUUGGAGUCAAGUUGCUUCGACAUUCGAUGACGCAAGCUCAGAAGAAGAAGAAAUUGCAAAACCUGAACCCGUCAAAAUUGACGCCAACGAACUAAUUGCUAAAGUCAAAAAAGGAAAUAAAGCAAAGAGAGUCAAAACAGGAGCAGCUGUUGUUGAUACAAGAACUCGUCCUGCACAAGUGUUCUGUUAUCUCACAAGUUGGUCAUAUAAACGCCCAGCAGCUGGAAAAUUUACUCCUAAAGAUGUAAAUCCUAAACUAUGCACUCAUCUGGUGUAUGCUUUUGCCACAUUGAAGGAUUAUCGUUUAAGUGAAGCUAAUGACAAUGAUCCCGAAAUGUAUGAAGAAGUUAUUGCUUUACGCGAAAAGAAUCCUGAUUUACAAGUUUUGCUUGCUAUUGGAGGAUGGGCUUUUGGAUCAACUCCAUUUAAAGAGUUGACAUCGAACACAUUCCGCAUGAAUCAAUUCGUAUAUGAAGCGAUUGAGUUCUUGCGCGAAUAUAAAUUUAAUGGCUUGGAUGUCGAUUGGGAGUAUCCCCGCGGAUCUGAUGAUCGUCAAGCUUAUGUAGAUUUGUUACGUGAAUUGCGUGUAGCGUUUGAAGGAGAGGCAAAAACUUCUGGGCAACCGAGACUUUUGUUGACAGCUGCUGUCCCUGCAUCUUUUGAGGCAAUUGCCGCAGGUUAUGAUGUUCCUGAAAUUAGUAAAUAUUUGGACUUCAUUAACGUUAUGACAUACGAUUUCCAUGGGCAAUGGGAACGCCAAGUUGGUCACAAUUCUCCGUUGUAUCCCUUAGAUACAGCUUCAGGUUAUCAAAAAAAACUAACAGUUGAUUUUAGUGCUCGUGAAUGGGUCCGUCAAGGAGCUCCAUUGGAAAAACUGUUGAUCGGUAUGCCAACAUAUGGAAGAUCAUUCACAUUGGUUAAUAGUACACAAUUUGAUAUUGGAGCGCCUGCAUCUGGCGGAGGAUCUCCUGGAAAAUUUACAAACGAAGCCGGAUUCUUGUCAUAUUAUGAAGUUUGCUCUUUUCUCGGCGGAAAAAACACAACCUUAGUUUGGGAUACCGAACAACAAGUUCCAUUUGCGUACCGUGACGAUCAAUGGGUUGGAUUUGAUGAUGAAAGAUCAUUAAAAACAAAGAUGGAAUGGUUGAAAGAACAAGGAUUUGGAGGAAUUAUGGUUUGGUCAAUUGAUAUGGAUGACUUCUCUGGUCGUUGCGGAAGCGGAAAAUAUCCACUCUUAACAGCGCUUAAUGAAGAAUUGAAAAAUUACAAAGUAAAACUCGAAUACGAUGGUCCUUAUGAAACAUACAACCCUCGUGGACAAUACACAACAAAAGAUCCCAAUGAAGUUGUCUGCGAAGAAGAAAAUGGUCACAUUAGUUAUCAUCCUGACAAACUUGAUUGUACACAUUAUUACAUGUGCGAAGGUGAACGGAAACAUCAUAUGCCAUGUCCCGCUAAUUUAGUCUUCAACCCAAACGAAAAUGUAUGCGAUUGGCCAGAGAAUGUUGAAGCAUGCCAACAUCAUACACAAGCUCCUCCUCCCUCAAGACGUUAAACGAUAUAAGUACUUUUUUGUUUAGUUUUCUUAAUUGACGAACACUGCCAUUAAAAA